AUGGAUGAUAAUGAUUUUGGUGAUUUUGGAUCCGAUCCUUAUGAGUUUGCCAAUGUGAUUGGGGAUGGAGAUCAACCAUUGUACCUUGAUUGUAGAAAGUACACGAAGUUAUCGGCAUUAGUGAAGUUGUAUAAUUUGAAGGCAAAACAUGGGAUGAGUGACGUCUGUUUUACAGAAUUAUUGAUACUUCAAGGCGAUUUGCUUCCAGAAUGA